GCUUCUCCUCCACUUUCCUACCCAACCCAGCUUCCUCCUCAUCCUCUUCCUCUCUCUGAUGGCCAACCUCCUUCCCGGUAACGCCUCCGCCUCCGCCUCGCCAUGAGUGGCCUCACCGUCGACCUCCGAUGGUCCCGGGUCCUGAGUCUCUCCCGUCUCCGCCGCUUCCUCCGCCUCCUCCUGCGCCGCCUCCUCUCUUGUUCCUCCCCUGGCGGCCGCGGCCGCUACCGUCGCCUCAAGGCCCAGAUUUCCUCCCUUCCUCAGAUCGAUCUCGCGCAGUGCGUCCGUCCCGUUGCCUCCGGAGCUCGGACGGAUGCCGUCGAGGCGGAUCCGGACCUGGUCACUCUCAAGAUCAGCCUGCUUGGUGACCAACACACAGGAAAGACAAGCUUCAUGAUGAAGUAUUUGGGUGAUGCGGAAGAACAAAGAGGGCUAGAAAUUACAGGUUUAAAUUUGAUGGACAAAGUCUUGGAUAUUAAGGGAGGAGCAAGAAUUGCUUUCAGUAUUUGGGAUGUAGGAGGUGAUGCCAAAUUUCUUCAUCAUGUUCCUAUAGCUUGUAAAGACUCUGUGGCGAUUCUCAUAAUGUUUGACCUCACAAAUCGCUCCACUCUAAACAAUGUCAUUGUCUGGUAUCAGAGAGCAAGAAAAUGGAACAAGGCAGCAAUUCCUAUUUUAAUAGGAACCAAGUUUGAUGAUUUUGCUCAACUCCCUCUUGAAAUGCAAUGGGCUAUAGUGAAUCAGGCCAGAGCAUAUGCGAGAGCAAUGAAAGCGACGCUAUUCUUUUCGAGUGCUACCCACAACAUAAACGUCAACAAAAUCUUCAAGUUCGUGGUGGCCAAGCUGUUUAACCUGCCAUGGUCCCUCCAUAGAAAUUUGACCAUUGGAGAACCGAUAAUAGAUUUUUAAGGUUCUCAGUUUUGGCUUUCGUGACUCAUUCUUCCCUUCUCUUUAGAACAAGUGCGAAAUUGUAAAUAGCAGCACAGGCCUACCUUUUAUUCAGAAAUAACAGUUCAGAAUUACUUACAGAUAAAUAGAUGCGAUGCUCUUAUUUGACAAA